AUGGGUUCUCUACGCCAAGUCUCAAGGCUAAGUCUGAGUACCUCCAAUUACUCACGAACUAACGGGCAUCGGGUAGCAUUCUCAUCGGUGGAAAGUUCUUGUCACUUGGAGCAAGCCUCAAGCGUUCAUCAGGCUCAAAACUCUAUCACUUUAGCUGGUCAGGAGAGUGGCUUGUGUUCCUUAACCUUAUCAAGCACGGUACCGAAGACGUUGAAUGCCUUCGUUACUGGGGUUAUUUUGUUAGUGAAUGCAUCGGCAAGUGACCCUGAAGUGCCGCAGAACUCCUCAUCGAAUUUUCUUUUGCGUGAAUUCUUCUUAAAACCCACGGUCUUUCUCUUUCCGCUUGAACUACAUUUUGAUACACCCCCGAAUUUGUUUUAUGUUCAAGAAGAGGUCCUUGAUUUUGGUAACCUCAUGCAUUCCGAUCCGCCUAGACGGCUUCAUCUCACGGCUUUCAAUCAAAUGGCUGUUCCUUCAGCUUUAUUUAUAAGUACGAAGGGUGCGGGAAACUAUCUCGAAAUAUCUUACGAUCCAGUGGUCUUCCCCGACGAUUCGAACCACGGGAAGGAAAUUGCAACAAUUAUGUUCAAUCCGGCCGUCGUAGACCGAUUUGGGGAAUUUUCAGGCAAUGUGGACGUUGUAACAGAUGGGCAAUCGCCAAUCGUUAUUCCUUACGUAGCAUCUGUGUUACAAGGAUCGCUCCAGUUUAGUCACCAGGAUCUGUCUUUCUAUUGUGGGCAUCCAGGCGGGGUUUUUGAAAAGGAACGAACUUUGACGAAAAAGAUUAUUUCUCUGACGAAUACAUUCAAGUAUCCUCUCGAAAUCUGGGGCUAUCGACUGCCUGAAGCCUAUGCUGACCUGUUUGAGAUUGACGGUCUUGUCAUGGUCGAGUUUCUGCCACCUAUGGCAUCAGUAAACAUUUCUAUCAAAUUUCGGGGCCCAAGGCAGCAGGAGGCUUUUGUGUGCAAAGUCGACUCAUUUAAGCUCAUCUUCUACACCAAUGCGUCGUCUUUUCACGUCUCUUUGAAUAUCUACGAUGCUAAGUUGAAGAUUCUAUCGCCAUAUGCUGAGAUAUCAGACGAUGCUCUGACUUUCGACGUCUUCGAUUUGAGCAGUCAAUAUACUCCAAGUUUUUACGUCUCAAAUCCGAAUCCUAUUGCGGUUGUUAUUCGGCGGUUACGGGUGGUCAAACCGGAUGGAAGUCAAUGCGUGAAUCUUGGUCAAAUCGAGCAACGCUCAGGUCUCUUCUGCCACCACCAUCACCGAAGCUCUGAAGCUGAGGUCAUAUUGGUGUCGGAAAGGAACUGCACUUCGGCUUCGGCAAAACCACUUUCAUUGGAUCUCCAGGUGCACAACAGUCUCGCUAAACCGUUGCAAGUGACCUCAGUUGAGUUAUGCUCCAAUCACGAUACACCCAAACUUCAGUUUGACCCCUUUCAUCCCAUUGGGGUCACAUCGAUUAACCUCGAGCCCAAUCGGACCACGGUAAUUGGUUCGCUGUCUUACAACGCUUCUCUGGACUGCAGAGAGGUCCUCGCAGCAUCCAUCACUUCUGGUUUUGGAAAUGAUAAUACUUCCAGUCGAGUAUGCUAUGCCGGAUUUGAAAUUGGUAGCGCUAAGGGGAGAUACUGGCUUGCAACCAACUUCUUUCCCCUAAAUGAUGACGGCUUGCCGAAUCAUCGUGUCAUCUCUACUCAGCUCUCGGGCAUCGCCUUUUUUCCCGGUCUACAGUUCUCUGCCAAUCUCUUUACUCAGAUGCAAAACGCCUGGCGUUCUUUGACUCGUAGUAUCCAUAUGACCACAGUUGGUACCGCUCCACUCAUAACUAAGUCUACGGAGGAGUGCCAAGUGAUUGAGUGCGUUGCUAUUCGUGCCACAGGCAAAGAAAAGCCGUCGUUUGUUGGUCAUCUAGUAGCCAACCUUGUCUGGCCCCGUAUUCUCAGUGAACAUGUUAAAAGCGAAAUGCCAAGCGUCAGGUUCACUCCCUCAUCCAUCUGUCAAUUAAAUUUAAAGUUCGGUUCCACCGAGGGUUUGGCACAAUUGCGGAUUCAGAACCUUGUAACAGAGAUAGUUACCUGUCGACUGACUCUCAUCAAUCCCACGGAGAGACCUCUCAUUAUUCAGCCUAUUCUCCUUGAUGAUCUUCUACCCGUGAACAUGAAUUACACCAAGAUGGUUGAAGAAAUGCCACUCCUUUCGGAGGAACUAUUUCGCGCCGCUCAUGUACCUCAGCAUCUGACAAAGUUUCCACAGGUAAGUUAUAUAACACCACAGAUAGCUUCUAAGGGAAGAAUAAGCUAUAAUAUUCCAUUAAAGGCCUUCGAAGUUGGCAGCGUGGCUACUCUGUUGGCGUAG